AUGGUGAAGCUGCUGCCUGCCCAAGAGGCAGCCAAGAUCUACCACACCAACUACGUGCGUAACUCGAGGGCUGUGGGCGUGAUGUGGGGCACACUCACCAUCUGCUUCUCCGUGCUGGUCAUGGCGCUCUUCAUCCAACCCUACUGGAUCGGGGACAGCGUCAACACGCCCCAGGCGGGCUACUUCGGCCUCUUCUCCUACUGCGUGGGCAACGUGCUGUCUUCUGAGCUUAUCUGCAAGGGUGGCCCGCUGGACUUCUCCUCUAUCCCUUCUAGAGCCUUCAAGACGGCCAUGUUCUUUGUGGCCUUGGCCAUGUUCCUCAUCAUUGGCUCCAUCAUCUGCUUCAGCCUGUUCUUCGUCUGCAACACGGCCACUGUCUACAAGAUCUGUGCGUGGAUGCAGCUGGCUGCGGCCACAGGCCUGAUGAUCGGCUGCCUGGUCUACCCAGAUGGCUGGGACUCAAGUGAGGUCCGGCGCAUGUGUGGGGAGCAGACAGGCAAAUACACGCUGGGGCACUGCACCAUCCGCUGGGCCUUCAUGCUUGCCAUCCUCAGCAUUGGAGACGCUCUCAUCCUCUCCUUCUUGGCCUUCGUGCUGGGCUACCGUCAGGACAAGCUGCUCCCUGAUGACUAUAAGGCCGACGGAAAAGGGUCUACAGGGGAGAGAGCCCUGGUCCAGCCCGGGGAGCUAGGUGUGGCCUUCCCGUGGAAGGCAGCACUGAGGCUGGGUCUUGGAAUAACAGGGGAGGCUGCUGGUGGAGAGAGGAGCAAUAGGGGAGCAGAGGGAUGA